GAACGUCCGUAGCCCGGAAUCCCUUUGCCUUGGAGAGCGGCGCGAGCCCACAAGCUGAGAGAAGUUGGGUAGGUCGAUCCGAGAAGGAUAGUAGAAACCUCGAGAAGAUCUCCUAACCAUUCUGUCCUGAUCGUUUGGACCCGGGAGGAACGUCCCUACUUGCGUCUAGGGGCGGAAGGUGGACGAGCUGCGCACGGCCCCGCCAGGGCUGGUAGUUUUCAGACCGUCCCUGCCGAGGCCCGCUCGCCCGGCAGCCCUGCGGCUCCCGCGGUGGCGGCGGCGGCCCCAGGCUCGAUCCAGCCCAGGUAGCCGACUCUCAGUCUCUGGGGGCGCUGUGACCCCGCUCCUGGCUGUGCCUGGGACCCCGUUCCCUGAAGCACGGCUGCUGGAGAGUGACCCCCGACUGCUACUGAUGCUUCUGCUGCUCCCCUACUAGCAGGAGUGAUUCCUACCCUAAAGUGGACUUUGGAGGAGGGUCCGUUAGACCAUCGGAAUGGAAGCCAGGCAAGGAGAUCAGCUGACUCAGGAGCCAGAGUGAGAGCCACGCACUCUCCGCCCCAGCCUGCACCAUGAACUUGCCUUCCCCUUCAGCUUGUUGAGAGCCAAGGGAAUGGUACAUUGCUAGAGAGAGAUGGCUUUCUUUUCUCCCUGGAAGUUGUCCUCUCAGAAGCUGGGCUUUUUCCUCGUGACUUUUGGCUUCAUAUGGGGGAUGAUGCUUCUGCACUUCACCAUCCAGCAGCGAACUCAGCCCGAGAGCAGCUCCAUGUUGCGGGAGCAGAUCCUUGACCUCAGCAAAAGGUACAUUAAGGCACUGGCAGAAGAAAACAGGAAUGUGGUGGAUGGACCUUACGCUGGUGUCAUGACAGCCUAUGAUCUGAAGAAAACACUUGCUGUGUUACUGGAUAACAUCUUGCAGCGCAUCGGCAAGCUCGAGUCAAAGGUGGACAAUCUCGUCAAUGGCACAGGAGCGAAUUCCACCAACUCCACCACGGCUGUCCCCAGCUUGGUAUCACUUGAAAAAAUUAAUGUGGCCGAUAUCAUUAAUGGAGUUCAAGAGAAAUGUGUAUUGCCUCCUAUGGAUGGCUACCCCCACUGCGAGGGGAAAAUCAAGUGGAUGAAGGACAUGUGGCGCUCGGACCCCUGCUACGCAGACUACGGAGUGGACGGGACCUCCUGCUCCUUUUUUAUUUACCUCAGUGAGGUUGAAAAUUGGUGUCCUCGUUUACCUUGGAGAGCAAAAAAUCCCUAUGAAGAAGCUGACCAUAACUCAUUGGCGGAAAUCCGUACAGAUUUUAACAUUCUCUACGGCAUGAUGAAGAAGCAUGAGGAGUUCCGGUGGAUGAGACUUCGGAUCCGGCGAAUGGCUGAUGCGUGGAUCCAGGCAAUCAAGUCUCUGGCCGAGAAACAAAACCUCGAGAAGAGGAAACGGAAGAAAAUCCUUGUUCACCUGGGGCUCCUGACCAAGGAAUCGGGCUUCAAGAUUGCAGAGACAGCAUUCAGCGGUGGCCCUCUUGGUGAACUAGUUCAGUGGAGUGACUUAAUCACAUCUCUGUACCUGCUGGGCCAUGACAUCCGGAUCUCAGCCUCACUGGCUGAGCUCAAGGAGAUUAUGAAGAAGGUUGUUGGAAACCGGUCUGGCUGUCCAACUGUAGGAGACAGAAUCGUUGAGCUUAUUUAUAUUGAUAUUGUGGGACUUGCUCAAUUUAAGAAAACACUAGGACCAUCCUGGGUUCAUUACCAGUGCAUGCUCCGGGUGCUGGACUCCUUUGGAACAGAACCUGAGUUCAACCAUGCAAGUUACGCGCAGUCGAAAGGCCACAAGACGCCCUGGGGAAAGUGGAAUCUGAACCCGCAGCAGUUUUACACCAUGUUCCCUCAUACCCCAGACAACAGCUUUCUGGGCUUCGUGGUCGAGCAGCACCUGAACUCCAGCGACAUCCACCACAUUAACGAGAUCAAAAGGCAGAACCAGUCCCUUGUGUAUGGCAAAGUGGAUAGUUUCUGGAAGAAUAAGAAAAUCUACUUGGAUAUCAUUCACACGUACAUGGAAGUGCAUGCCACUGUUUACGGCUCCAGUACCAAGAACAUUCCCAGUUACGUGAAAAACCAUGGCAUUCUCAGUGGGCGUGACCUGCAGUUUCUUCUUCGGGAAACCAAGCUGUUCGUUGGGCUUGGAUUUCCUUAUGAAGGUCCAGCUCCCCUGGAGGCCAUCGCGAAUGGAUGUGCUUUCCUAAACCCUAAGUUCAACCCUCCCAAAAGCAGCAAAAACACAGACUUCUUCAUUGGCAAGCCAACACUGAGAGAGCUGACAUCCCAGCACCCUUACGCAGAAGUCUUCAUUGGCCGGCCACAUGUCUGGACCGUGGAUCUCAAUAACCGAGAGGAAGUAGAAGAUGCAGUAAAAGCCAUCUUAAACCAGAAGAUUGAGCCGUAUAUGCCAUAUGAGUUCACGUGUGAAGGCAUGCUGCAGAGAAUCAAUGCUUUCAUUGAAAAACAGGACUUCUGCCAUGGCCAAGUGAUGUGGCCACCCCUUAGCGCCAUGCAAGUGAAGCUGGCUGAGCCCGGGCAGUCCUGCAAACAGGUGUGCCAGGAGAACCAGCUCAUCUGCGAGCCGUCCUUCUUCCAACACCUCAACAAGGAAAAGGACCUGCUGAAGUAUAAGGUGACCUGCCAAAGCUCAGAACUGUACAAGGACAUCCUGGUGCCCUCCUUCUACCCCAAGAGCAAGCACUGUGUGUUCCAAGGGGAUCUCCUGCUCUUCAGUUGUGCCGGGGCUCACCCCACACACCAGCGGAUCUGCCCCUGCCGGGACUUCAUCAAAGGCCAAGUGGCCCUCUGCAAAGACUGCCUAUAGCAGAGCGGUCCUGAAUUCAUUCAGAUGGGAAAGAUGUGACUCCACGGGGCAGGGCCAGGGGGCCCAGAGACGUUCAGGGACUCUGACCAGAGCCUGAGAUCUUUGGUCCAGGGCUUGGAUUUAGUACUGCUCCAGCCGCAGCCAGCUCAUCCCAGUUUACACCAGAACCACAAGAGAGCAGAGGUCAGAGCAGGGGCCUGGGUUUCUCUCCGGAGAAGAAACUCCUCUCUCUCCGGAGGAUCUCUCCGGAGGAUCGACUGUAGGGAAAUGCAGCUGCUCCUGGGAUUUUUUUUUUUUUUUAAAAAGAAGGGAUAAAAGUCUGGAGACUCAUUCAACUGAAAACAAAACAGGAAGAGGGAUUGAGCCAAUUGGGAAGGACUUUGGGGACAAUCCUAAACCAAUUAAUUUAUUUAUUUGGGAGGAUGGGGGCGGGCUCGGGAGGGAGGAAAGGGGUUGAACAGUUUUUCUGUUCCUCACUGUUAAUCACCCACCUUCAGGACCUUCUUGUUCUGCAGCAUCAGGCAGGAUGCAGAGGGGCUUGUGGCAUACUUGAGGGCAGCUGUGGGAGCAUGACUCCUGGUGACAAGUGACAGCAGAGAAAAAAGAUGGCUUUAAGUGGAGGGAUGUAGCUCAGUUUGUAAAAUGCCCACCGGCCGUGUGUGGGUUCCUGGGUUCCUGGGUUCCUGGGCUCCUGGGCUCCUGGGUUCCUGGGUUCUGUCCCCAGCACCACACAAAACCAGGGAAGAAGCAGAGGCAGGAGGACCAAACAUUCUCCUUGGCUAUGUAACAAAGUCAAGUCCUUUGUCCCCAAGUCUAGGCUACAAGAGACCCAGUCUCAGAAAAUGGGGGUAAUGGCCUUGAAAACACAGCCAGCCACUGUCAAAGCAUUGUCAGAGCCAUCGAAUCCUAUGUGUAUUUGGCAGAUGGCAGCUGAAAACCAGAUGACCUUGGUGGGGACAUGCCUGUGGUGUUCUGAGGGCCCCACCAAGGUCCAAAGACAGGCUGGGCUGCAGAUGAGAGAGGGUGCUUUCCUGUGUGUCUCCUCCUCUUCCUCCUCCUCCUCUUCCUCCUCCUCUUCUUCCUCCUCUUCCUCCUUCCUCUCCUUCCCCUGCUCCCCCCCCCACACAUAGCUUGUCCCUAAUUUCUGGUUAGAAUUCACCUUUGUUGAAGAAACACAGGAUUAUGUAAUUCUUGUUUCAUGCUGCGGUAAACUCAACUCUGCCCCCCACCCUCCCCAUCAAAGGCUCCAGGAGCUGUCCUUGAACUUGGAGAGGGCAUCUCUAGCCUCAAAACAGCUAAGAUUUGGAGAUGAAUGUCAGUCCUAGAGUUAGUAGCACAAGGAUUUGUGCCACGCCCCCGUUGAUGUCUGAUAUUGCUGCAGUCCAAGGAGUUGACUGCACGAACUUGAUGGUCUCUGGGGAGGUAAGGACAGUUCAGGAUGGACGCUAGAGAUUCUCCUGGCUGUACCCCCAGUAGGUGUGGCUUACAAAGGGUUGGAGCCUGGGGCUGGCUUUUACUUGAAGCACUAUUGUUCUGUGGCGUUUGAUCUGUCCUGAGGGCCUAGCAGCAGGUUGGCCUAGUCUAGAUGCUGGAAUCCCCACUUUUCAUACCCUUGAAGCCCUUUUGUGAGUCCAUUCCUGCUGAAGUACUGCUUCUGUGCUCUGUACACAUGUGAGUUUCUGGAGACACCUCCCACACUUCUCUCCAUGCUGGCGAAUGAACCAGUCCUCUUCUACCUCUUGCUGUUAGCAUUGUCCACCUGGCCCCAGCUGGUAGAGUAGACUUCCUGGUUGGCUGGUGCUGCCCAGCGCCUCCCUGUGGCCAGGUGGAGCCUCUGCCUAGCCGAACAGCAGAGCAAGGCCCGUGACUAGAUGAGCCUCCAGAAGCAACAGAAAGGAUCUGCUUGUGGUGACCAAGGGGUGGGGAGAUGGCGCAUGAAACUUUUAGGUCUGGAAAAUCACCUGCUCUCCUCUUGAUUUCUACCUAGGUGCAUACAUCACACCAAUCACACCUCUAGCGCCUCCCGACCACGCCCCUUUUGGCCCUAAGACAGACACCUCAGGAGCCUGAGAUUCUAGUCCUAGAGAAUGAAGUGGCAUCAAGAGGUGAUGUCAGGGCAGGUACUGGCCCUAAGCACUGACAGGGGUCCCUCAAGGCCUGGCUGGAAUCACCUCUGCCUAGGUUUAGCCUCCAGGCAGGCAGAAGUUCAAAAGCCUACCUAUCUUUAUUAAGCUUUGCAAAGGUUUCCUGCGGCAGGAUAGGAGAAAGCUGUGCAGUCUCUCGGGAAGGACUCUUCCUGUAGAGUGGGCCUUAGGGCUGUACCCCAGAGUUGUGGGAAUUUGCCUGAGUUUCCAGACCUGAAAAUCAGGCUCUCCGGGAGUACUAAAGGCAGUGGGUGACAGUGCUGACAUUCAACCAGCAGGGGGCGCCCAGAUGAAAAUAAUCCCCAUGCUGCUGAUAACUGUAAACAGGCAGGAAGGCAACUUUGUCUCUACCUGCAGAAGCCUCCCGACCCUGGGCUCAGCGUCCCUCCACGUUCCUAUUCCUCUUCUCCAGUCCAAGACCCCGAGUUACACAACCCAGAUGAGUUCUUUCUCCCAUGUCAUAAAUUCCUCUCCCUGUUUUAGGCAGAAAUAAGUAAGCUCACUUCCUCUGGUGGGUUCCUGUUCUUGGGACUAACCAACCGUAGUCUAGUUAUUAAGAAUAUUAGCAAUAGGUGAGAUGUUCCUGAAGGUACACCAGCUCCCAGGCCUUAGAGUUAGCAAGAUAUGGAUGGGCAAGUGGCCAUCCAGGGGAAACCGACCUAACCGGUGUAUGGGCAUUCUUCCUGUCAGGUGUGGGACUGAUUGGGAGCCCACAGCAGUUACAAAGCAUUGGUGGUCUUGUAGGAACUGAGGACUGUGUGUAACUGAACCUUCCACCAGGAGAGGAAUCUGAAAUCAGGAACUCGUGUGUUCUGCACGAUAAUCACAGAUCACCUGAACUUUAGAGUUAUUUUCCCUUUUGUGAGUUAGGCUCUUAAAAUAGAGGGAAAGCUUUAUCUAAUUUAUUGAGAGAGAGAAUACACUGCUUCAGAGGUGGAAGCUUUUUCAGAGCAAGAACUCCUUAGAAAGGCCAUGUCUUGUUGGAUCCCAGCCCACGCACGCCGCGUGCAUUUCUGUGUGUGUUCUUGUACAAAUGGAAGCACCGUAUAGAGGUUGAUUCCGUCUCUGAGAUGAAUCGUUUGUUUUAAGUGAGUGUUUGGAAAUACUUGUCUGUCCUUUUGCUGGUACAUGUCUUUUCAUUUCUCUUUGAGGUUGGAUUUUGAAGGCUGGGUGCUACCGAAGGCUAAUCACAAAUUGUUCCAGCCUGGAAUAACUUCAUUUGUCCACAGUGUGUGUGCACACACAUGGCUACUUAUGUCCCCAGUGUAUGCGAGCACAAGAGACUGUAUAUAUAGUGUGUAUCCAUGUAUACAUGUGCGUUUUGUUUAUGUUCCCAGUGUGUGGUGUAUGCACAUGCACUCCCAGAACAGGGCUGAGGGUGCCAAGAAUCCUUUAGUGCCCCAGGAUCAAACCCCAUCUCUGAAUCUGAUGAUGACCAAGGUAGUGAAGGGCCUCAUGUCCCCAUCACCCUGGCCCUAGCUGACAUGUUGCUGAGGUGGAAAACCAGCCCUCAAGCCAUCUCUGUAGAAGGAGGAGCCACCAAAUACUUCAGCUAGUUAGCAUGGCGGAGGCGAGAUCUCUACUUGCCCUUCCGUGUCCUUAGCACAUGAAUGCCGACGUGAAGCUGCGGUUCCUAUUAGUGAGUUGGGUUGCACUGAAACUAUGUGUUGUCUAUGGGUGAGUGUGUGUUCUUUAGAUCAGACCAGGGUGGUUUACCUAGAUUGUAUGUAAUUAGGCACCGCCACCCUCUCCCAAAAUCUUGACUGAAAAGGAAAGACCAAGUAUUUUGUUAACGACAGGCUAUGCUGUAUGUGUCAUGAUUCCAAGCCUGGAAUGUUUUAUUUAUUUAAAACUAUUUUAAUUUCUCUUUAUUCUCUUCCCUUCCAUCUGUAUGGCUGCACAGUGUGUCUCCGUUAGAGUAGAUGGAUGUCAGGAAUAGGUUUAUAGUCCUUCAGGAAGCUAGCAGCCUGGAGCUGGGGAUGGGUUCCUCCCA